AUGGCGCCGCUGGGCUCUAAUAUCGAGAUGUCGACCCUCAAGAUGCGCGAGGACUCGCUUCAGGCGAGAUCCGAGCCGGCGUGUAACCCCCUCGACCCCAAGGAGGAAGCUGCCGCGCGAGCCGAGGCCGGAAGGGCCAACCAUACCGGUGUCCGCUACUACGAUAUCCACCAAGCUACCCUCCAGACGGCCCACUCGGGUCUAGCCCGCGAGCUGAAGGGCAGACAUCUCCAAAUGAUUGCUAUCGGAGGCUCCAUAGGUACUGGCCUCUUUGUCGCGUCAGGACAGGCCCUCAACCAUGGUGGCCCCGCAUCUUUACUUAUUGCCUUUUCGCUGAUCGGCAUCAUGCUCUACUGCACCACCCAAGCUCUAGCCGAGCUUGCCGUGGCUUUCCCCUAUGCUCUACAAUGGCUCAUAAUACUCCCACUGGAGAUCGUUGCCGCAUCCAUAACCCUUACAUACUGGAACUCGGAAAUCGAGAAGGCGGGCUUUGUCACGCUCUUCCUCUUCAUCGUGAUGGCGUCUAACCUAUCUGGUGUUCGGGGCUACGGUGAAGUUGAGUUUACAUUCGCUAUGGUGAAGGUGAUUGCCGUGAUAGCUUUCAUAGUAAAUGAGACUGACCCUAAGCUGCUCCAAACCCAAAGCCUACUAGGGAUCGAGCCCGGGGCCUUCAACAACGGCUUCAAAGGGCUCUGUAGCGUCUUCGUCACCGCUGCCUUUUCGUUUGCGGGCACCGAGCUGGUUGGUCUAGCAGCCGCGGAAACGGCCAACCCUAGAAAAUCCCUGCCUACCGCCGUGAAGCAAGUCUUUUGGCGGCUCACCUUGUUUUACAUCGUAGCCUUGACCCUCGUCGGCCUCUUGGUGCCGUACAAUGAACCGAGACUCCUCUCCGAGGGGACGGAAGACUCCACACAGAGACUCACGGCCAACGCGUCGCCGUUUGUCAUUGCGAUUGAGAAUGCCAAAAUCUCCGUACUCCCAUCCGUCAUGAAUGCCGUCAUCCUGAUCGCCGUCCUAUCGGUAGGAAACUCGGCCGUCUUCGGCUCCUCCCGUACGCUCGCCGCGCUGGCGGAUCAAAACCACGCCCCGGCCUUCCUCGCUUACAUAGACCACAAGGGAAGGCCCUUGAUCGCGAUCCUCAUCGCCGGUACUAUUGGGUUAUUGUCGUAUAUUGCAGAGGUGGACAACCAGGACGCCGUGCUCGACUGGCUCCUAGCUUCGUCGGGCCUGUCGUCCAUCUUUACCUGGGGCUCCAUCUGCCUCUGCCAUAUACGCUUCCGCAAGGCCCAGGCUGGUGUCGCGGGUUCCUACGUUGGCCUUGCCAUGAAUAUCAUCGUGCUGGUUGCCCAGUUUUGGGUAGGCGCGUUCCCCAUAGGUUGGAGAGACAUGUCCGCUCGGGAUCUCGCCGAGAGUUUCUUCCUCAAAUAUCUGGCGGCACCAAUUGUGUGCAGCUUCUACAUAUUCCACAAGAUAUAUUAUUGGACUAGCGUUGUGCGGAUCGAAGACCUCGACGUCGAUACUGCAAAGGAGGUUCGUCCGGCCAAUGCGGAGAGCCUUGUCGAUUUUGUCUCGGCGACGGGGACAAGCAUUGAGCAGGGUUGCCUGUAA